AUGAUGGUGCUCGAGUUCGAUCAACCCAUUCAAAGUCUCCCUACAUUUGGCGAAGCUUAUGGGAAUAAUGGUGGUGGUGGUUCAUAUGAUGAUUUGCGAAGGGCAGGGGCAGUGGUGCCAAAGAAAAAAGGAUGGUCGGAUGCAACCAAACAAGCCAUUACCAGAAUACCCUCCUGGAGUAAAAUGGACAUACCCAUGAACAGGGGCAUAGGCUGUGUCAACCUCCGGGCUCCCCUCAAUAUACUGCUCCCAUCAUUUUCUCAUUGCCAAUUAAUUGUUGUGUCCAAUGGGUUCAUCAGAGGGCUUGGAGAGGACCUGAAGCCUCUAACAUUUUCAUUCCAUGACAAGUGGAAAUCAAAGAAGAAGAUUAUCAGAGGACAAAAAGGUCAAUUUCAAUUGCGAGGCACCAAUGCUGGCCUUGCAUUGGCUAUAAUAACUGUGGGAAUCUAUUUGCCUUGCUAUGAUAUCUUCCGGAAUUGGUUUGAAGAGUUUGCAACUGAAAAUGCUCCAAGCAUGACACCGUAUGCCCCUUUGCUGGUUGGAUCAUUGUCACGCUCAGUUUAG